AACUGGUAUUACAUAAAUGUGUGCCUUGUCGAAAGGUUGACUGUUUACAAGAGGAUAUGUUUUUUUUUUCGUUUCAUGGGAAAGAAAAGAACCCUGACAAAACCAACAAGUCAAGAUAGACAAUCAUGUUGGAUAAAAGUAGGCCUACAGGCUUAAGCCUAUCUCCAAUUGGAAUAGGACUUAUGAUUAUGUUUUUGUUACACAUUCCAUGCCACGGGCAAUCAGUGAUCAAUGUAACAGAAGGACAAAACUUGACUCUCGAAUGUGGGAUCAAAAUUAACCGUCACGGUCUAAGAAAGGGGAUAGUUACCAGUAACGGCCAAACAGUGUCCAAGUGUGAAUUUGAAAGAUGCUUUAACAGUUAUCCAGACAAGUUUCGGGCAAGUUUUAAACGUGAAAUAUCCGAUUACAGGCGACCCAGAUCAAUAGUUCUAGAAGUUUUCAAUGUUACAAGAGAUCUCUCCAGGAUCGAAUGUGGUUCCGACCAAUGGGAUCUUAUUGUUACAGCUAAAUCGUCAAGUUUAACUCUCACGAGCGACUACGGAUCGGAGGACAUCUCUGUCCCUGCUGGAAGUCACGUGUGCUUCAUGUGCAAGAUAACGCUUGGUUCCGACGGUCUAGAUCCAGGCUCUCUGAUCCUGUACAGGGACGACUUCACCAAUGUUCUAUACUCUACCUCAAGUUCUGAAUCACUGACUUACUGCCUGGGUGAUUUGGUUUGCGGCUCAUCUUUUGUUGUAGGCUGUCAAGAAGAACAUCUUUCGGCCGUGGAAAUGAAAGUGAGAGUAGAGAAAUGUUUGAAUGAGUAUGAAGACGCUUCACCACAAAGUGACGAUGUGACUUUUCCAGUGAAUGAUGGUGAACAGUUUGAUAAUCCCAUUGCACGAAGUAGCCCGAUUAUCAACAGUAUCGGUAUCAAGGUUGGAGUAUCUUUGGCUUGUAUCCUCACUCUGAUCGUUAUCAUCCUCAUCGUCAUUGUCCUGUGUCGUCGUGCUCGGACAAGGUCUAGAAAACACCAGCAAGACAACCCACCUGCCUACAGCGACAUCUUCUUCGUCAACCCUACAACAGACCUCCCAGACUACGCCUCUCUGCCACCACCGUACAACGAGACCAUUGCUCAACAACAGUAGACAACGGGAAGCCUACAGCCUUAUUAUUGUUGUGGCAAAAUAUGUAGGUCACAGGUGGAGCUGCGUAGCCACGGGAAAUAACUGCACUCGUACAUUUUCGGACUCGAAGACAAGCCUUAUUAUUAUUAUGUUGUUAUUGUUGUACACUGAGUUAUUAUAGUCGGUGGCGUAGCUAGGGGUUUGGGGACCGGCGGGCUUGACCUCUUUAUGACCUCUUUAUGGGCCCCUGCAGUUUGAUAUUCAACACCAUGACAGUAAUAUUUAAAUUUCGGACACUCAUUUGGGGGCCCCCUUAAGUGGAAGCCCAAGGGAAUUUCAAAUUAGGACCUCCACUCCCCCACCCUAGCUACGCCACUGAUUAUAGUAGAUAAGCGUUUCUCAAGCUACAUCUUUCUGUGUAUAAUUUUUUCAUGUAUCCACUCAUUCGCCUUUUUAACAAGAUACAAAAUGAAAGUGAUAUUUUCUUGCCUUUCAUAACUGUUAUUUGCCAGUAUUUCACACAGACACCAAUUCAGUAGGUCACCGCAUAGACUGAACGUUAGAAAUAUAUGAAAUGUAUACACAGAGCUGAUUGGUAAUAACUUACUCUUCACAUGAAUUUUCUUUUUAUAACCAUUACUACUGCAGCUAAUGCACACUUAGGUACACAUGUAGAUUUAGUUAGUAAACCGAAGUACACAUGUAGAUCUAGUUAGUAGACUUGUUACACAUGUAGAUCUAGUUAGUAAACCGAAGUACGCAUGUAGAUCUAGUUAGUAGACUUAUUACACAUGCAGAUCUAGUAAACGCACUUAGGCACAAAGUAUUGGAUUAAUUAGAGACGUCACUAGAAUUUUGUCCAAUUUUACCCUCUAGCAAUGAAAUGGGGCUGGAGAUUAUUUUCUUUGUAUAAACUUGGUGUGAAGAAUGUUGCCCGCAGUGUGUAAAUAAAAAGUCUAUUUCUAUUUGUUUCGUUCAUGUGGCCUGACAGUCAGUUGAUCAACAAAAAAGCUUUUAUUAAAAAACAUUACAUCUUGAGGAGAGAAGCAAUACAAACACCACAGUUCACGAAGAAGAUAAUAACAAAUAUCUGCCUUCUGCCCGGCUAAUGAUUUCAAGUUUCAGUAACAAUGUAACAAAGUAACAAAGUUCAUAUCCAUAUUCAAUUAAGAUAACAUGUUUGAGUGAGUUGAUGCGUUUAAAUCAAAAUAUACGAAAGGCGUGAACUAAAGCGCCGAAUUAUAUGUUCUUGCAGUAAUUAACAGAGUAAAAGCCGGACAUUUUUACGUUUUAGGCUAAUGCCUGCCGGACGUCUAGUAACCCUAGAUUUGCAGGUAUUCGUCUCCCCAUCUACUCUGUACUGUGUUAAGAUUCGAUUGGACUUCUUGCUUUGGAUUUUAUCUCGACUAAUUAAUUACAAUGUCCUAAUUGCAUCAAAAUAAACCAAAGAAAUUAAAAAAUAUAUAUAUACUUUGUAAAAGGACCAAAAAUGCAAAUGUGUAUAAACAUAAUGGCUGUAUCUGGAAUAUGUUCCUAAGUAAUCCUCCAUGUAUUUUAUUGAUUUAGAUCUAUAGAUUAUUUAAUAUUUGACUACAUAGUCGUGUUAAGAAUUGUAUGGCGUUCUUUCCCCCCAAAGCUCCUGAAAUUCUCGCAGCCUUAGAACAUACUCUUCACACCCUAGAACGAAUUCGAGGCUGAUCCCAUUCCAUGACUAACAUAAUAAUAAGACAUACUUCCUGUCAGCACAAGGUCGAGGUCGAAGGCCCAGCCAAUCCAAAAGAAGAUACCACUUUCUUUUCCAAUCACAGUUGUAGAGCGGCAAUAGGAAAGGAGCUGAUGCGAAAAAGUGAACGGCUGCUGCAGAGACUACAACCCACCAGGGUUGGGCCUCCAUGACACAUUGCCAGGAUACUGUCUUUUUCUAGCGUCAUUUUAGCUCCGGCGGAAGCCACCUCGGAGCUCUCCCUUAACUCCCUCCCAGAAUUCCCUGUCUGCUUAGAUUGUUCACAUCACCGAUGAAUUUUGAUGUUAACCCAUAACGCUAAUCUAUUAUGUGCCUGUUAGUAAUAAAUCAAAAUUGAUAAAAA